GCUGCAGUGAGUGACGGAGGCCACGUCGCCAGGUGAAAGGUCAUAUUUAAAGGUGAUGUGAUUCCGAGAAUUUAGUGGAAUGGAUGAAAUUUCAAUUAUGGAUGAAAGGGAGGCCCUUGCAGAUUUGACUAGACAUAAAAUGGCUACAAAAACAACGAAUUUGUCUAGUUUAUAUACCGUGUAUCAAUCAUACGGUCAGAUCUUAGCGACCUUCAAGCACGCUUCCACCCCAAAAAGGGGCUGCGAAGUGUUUAUCAAACAUGUCAAAGAGGAUACGUUACUGCAAGAUAUACUCGAAUUUGCUUUGCAAGCUGGGCAGCUCUUCCAGAUCCGGUUGUUUACGGAAUUCAGCGGAUACUUACGCAGCUUUUGCUUUGUAACAUAUUUCUCUGUGAGAGAUGCCAGAAAAGCUAGUUUGAUACUGAAUGGAACAUUACUCAAUGGCCAACAAGUAGUGGUAAAAGUCUCUUAUGAUAAUAAUUGUCUGGAAGUACGCAAUAUUCCUAGAGAGCUUCGGCUUGACCAGCUGAAACAGCAUUUCAAUUUGCUCAUUGGCACAGGCCUGAAGGAACUAAGGAUCUGCAAAUUUUCUGCAGACGCAAAGGUCAAAAAAUGCCUGUUACAAUAUGAUACACAUAAAAAUGCUUUGGAGGCGAGAAAGAAACUGUAUCCAAAAUUCAGGAUCUAUGAAUCGAAUAUUAUGGAAAUCGAUUGGGCAACACCUGAAGAACUUAAAACGAGCUGCCGUCUUUACUUUCGAACUCUACCAAAAAGCGUGACAAAACUUGAAUUGUACGAGAGUUUGAUUAGAUAUAUACGAGUAGAGGGAAUGCUGAAUAUGUUUUUGCAACAAGGUUUAGGAUACCUUCUGUUUAUCAGCCAAUUUGAGGCAUACCAAGCUCUCCUUAAGCUAUCUAGAAAGAAAAUAUGCGGAGAAUAUUUGGAGUUCAGUUUUAGCAGAUUCUUGUUACACUUAAAACCAGAAGAUGCCGAUGAAAGUAUCAAGGAGGAAACUUUAUCAGACAUUUCUACGUAUGGAGAAACAGCACAGAAGCCAACCAACGUCAAUGCAAGUUAUUGCAUAGGUAACCCAAUAUGUUUGGAUCAACAGGGGGUGAUCGAUGCAUGUGAACCCUUCAAUAAGAACAUACAAACCCAAACGUCGUUUAUUCAAGACGAUCCAAAAUUGUUUCAUAACUUCCAGAUUACUUCCAGCGUGCCAGCAUUAAGCCAAGCUCCAAGCAUUUCUAUUUCUGCUUCGAAUUUACAGCAGUAUUUAUCCCCUUUUCAGACCCCAACAUCAAGAGACAUGUCAAACAUUUACAAACCAGUGUUUAUUACUCCUCCUCCAUCAGCGGUACCUGCAGGUCCCCAGUCGACAUUUUGUGGAUAUGAUGCUACCCUACCUGUUAUAACCAGGCCACUAUCCACUCCAUGGUUUCAGACACCAACAUCAGGAGACCUGUCAAACAUUUACAAACCAGUGCUGAUUACUCGUCCACCAUUUGCGGUACCUGCCAGUCCCCUGUCGACAUUAAGUGGAUAUGGUGCUACCCUACCUGCUAUGACCACGCCACUCCCCACUCCAUUGCCAAAUUGUUAUUACUUCAGCAACUGUUUGCGGCCUCAGUCACAAGGAAACCCAAACACAAUCAACUACAUUCAGAGUCAGGCGUUCCCGAAUCUUGUUAAUCCACAGCCGGAUCAACUACAUGAAUUUUAUCCCGACAAUAAUGAAGUUCAACCAUCAAUAAGUUUUUUUCCACCUAAUACUUGGUAUACUAAUUAGAUUUUUAUAAACAUUUUACGUUUUUAUUCCAGCGAGUAUUAUACUGCUCAAUAUUUUUUUAUUUUGAUAAUUUU